GCUGUGUUUUUGUUUUUUCAAACUAGACGCUCCUCUCUUCUCAGCGCCGCGCGACUAUCACUUCCGUGUUGGCGUGUCCCGACGUCACGCGGAAUGUGAAGCAGGAAACGCGGAUGUGUUGCGCUUAAUCUGCAUCUACAGACUUGUUCCGAUCCAUAUGUUGAACCCAACCCCCCUUUCAAGCUGAUUUGAUCCAAACGGAGUGCAUCGGGCGCGGGUUGGACAGAACCGAGUGGAGGAAUGCCUGCCGGAGUGUGUGGAUGCUGUGGUCCUCUGCGGCCACGCUACAAGCGUCUAGUGGACAACAUUUUCCCAGAGGACCCCAAGGAUGGACUAGUGAAAUCUGAUAUGGAAAAGCUGACUUUUUAUGCAGUGUCAGCCCCAGAAAAGCUGGACCGUAUCGGAGCAUACCUUGCCGAACGCCUCAGCAGAGAUGUGGUACGACAUCGUUACGGGUACGUGGUAAUAGCGAUGGAGGCGCUGGAUCAGUUGUUGAUGGCAUGUCAUUCCCAGAGUAUCAAGCCGUUUGUGGAGAGCUUCUUACACAUGGUAGCCAAACUGCUUGAGUCCAGAGAACCUGAUUUGCAAGUGCUGGGCACCAACUCAUUUGUGAAGUUUGCAAACAUUGAGGAGGAUACACCAUCUUACCAUCGCAGAUAUGAUUUUUUCGUCUCUCAGUUCAGUGCCAUGUGUCACUCCACACACGAGGACCCUGAAACUUGCAGCAGGAUCCGUGUAGCAGGCAUUAAGGGUCUCCAGGGUGUCGUCAGAAAGACUGUAAAUGAUGAACUGCAGGCAAUCAUCUGGGAACCUCAACACAUGGAUAAACUCAUCCCCUCCAUGCUUUUCAACAUGCAAGAUAAUGAGGACUCUGAGAGGGCUGGAGAGGAAAAUCCGGCUUCACUGGCGGAGAGUUGCUUUCGAGAGUUGCUGGGUCGUGCUGCUUACGGUAACAUGAACAAUGCCGUUCACCCUGUACUGGUGCACUUAGACAACCAUCGUCUGUGGGACCCAAAUGAUUUUGCUGUUUCCUGUUUCAGGAUAAUCAUGUACUCAAUACAGGCCCAGCAUUCUCACCAUGUGAUCCAGCAAGUGUUGUCUCACCUCGACACCCACAGUAAGAACACCCCUCGUGUGAGGGCAGGUAUCGUUCAGGUGCUGCUGGAGACGGUUGCCAUAGCAGCCAAGGGCUCCAUCGGUCCCACAGUCCUGGAGGUGUUUAACACCCUGCUGAAGCAUCUGCGUAUGAGUGUGGAUUUUGAGCUGGGCGACGGUUCCCGCAGGAACUCCGCGAGCAGCCUUUCCUCCACCCGCACUAAAGAGAGCGAGGAGAGGAUUGUCCAGAACGCCAUCAUCCAAACCAUUGGUUUCUUUGGAGGAAAUCUUCCUGAUUAUCAGAGAGCUGAAGUGAUGAUGUUCAUUAUGGGAAAAGUUCCUGUUUACGGCACGCCGUGUCACACUCUGGACACCGUCAAGAUCGGGCAUCAGGGUACUAAGAGAAUCCAGGCAAUGCUGUUAAGUUCUCUCAUUAUGGUUACAUCAGGGUUUAAGUGUAAAACGAUGUGUGCUGGCCUGCCCGUGGCAUUUCUGGAGCCGUUAUGCUCCAUCUCUUUGAUGGAAGACAGUGAACUUCGGCAGCUCGUCUUGGAGAUUCUGCACAACAUCAUCGAUCGCCAUGACAACAGAGCCAAACUCAGAGGGAUCCGGAUUAUUCCUAAUGUAGCUGCUCUGAAGAUCAAGAGAGAAAAAAUCUCCAAACAGGAUGUGGUCUUCAUGAAAAAGCAUGGGCAGCAGCUAUACAGACACAUCUAUCUGGGCUGUAAAGAGGAAGAUAACGUGGAGAAGAACUUUGAGCUGCUCUUCACAGCUCUGGCAUUGAUCACUAUUGAACUGGCCAAUGAGGAGGUGAUGAUUGACCUCAUCCGCCUGUCCAUCGCCCUGCAGGAUAUGGUCCUGGCAAAUGAGGAGAACAUGCCAAUGUUUAUUCGCUGUGGAAUCAUGGCGUUGGUCGCUGCAUAUCUUAACUUCCUGAGUCAGAUGAUUGCAAAUCCCCCUUUCUGCCAACACGUCAGCAAGGUGAUUGAGAUGAGAAAUCUAGAUGCUCCGUAUCUUCUGCCUGAACACGUCUUCAGAGAGAAGUGUGUGCUCCCAGACGCUUUAGACCGGGACGAUGUUGGUUUGUAUUUUCAGACGGCUGAUCUGGCUGAAGCUCUGUCUGUACCUGGAUAUAACGUAGAGAGACUGGCUGUACCAUACAUACCCCAGGUUACAGAGGAAGACCGGCUGCCCCGUAGGAAGAGUUUUGUCGAUACUAUUUCUCUCCAAGUUGACAUCCUUUCCAACAGCUUGCCCGAUCAGUCCCAGCUUCCAGAGGAGAUCACGUUUGAGACCCUGAAGAAGGCCAUCGAUACCACUGGUCUGGAGGAACAGGAAAGGGAACGGAGACGGCAGGUGAUGGAGAAGUUCCAAAAAGCUCCGUUUGAGGAGAUUGCCGCCCACUGCGAGUCCAAGGCCAACAUGCUACACGAUCGCUUGGCUCAGAUAUUUGAACUCACCAUUCGCCCUCCCCCGAGCCCAUCGGGCACUGUGACGGUGACAUCAGGCCACGCCCAGUACCAGUCUGUGCCAGUCUAUGAAAUGAAGUUCCCUGACCUCUGCGUCUACUGAACCACGAUCUUUCACCUUAACUCUAUCACACAAACUCAACCUUGACAUGUGACCACUGACCUUUAUCACACUUUAUGUUUGGUCCUGUGACCUUUAACUCACCUGAGCCACUCAUCUUCAUUAGGCACCUUUCACUAUAAACAUCACAUGCAUUCAUGUCAAGCAGAGAGAAGGGGUGCGAACUGGACAGGUGCUUCUUGCCUCCAUUCUGCACCAAUCAGACGCAGACUUUACAACCAGCUGUCCAACCAUACACCAGCUCUGUAGAAUCAUGUGAAUCUUAUGUGUGUGGUUUUCAGUUUGAUUCUUGCACUACAAGGCAGCUCUAGGAAUCAAACUGAGUCUUUUAAAACAAUUGAUUCUUUAGCUUCUUAAUGUAAUGAUUCAUAGGAGUCAUUUAGAAAAUGGCUCACUCUGGCUCUAUUAAGGGAACUUAAUUGCUAGCAUUAGCUUAAGUGCUAGUUUAUUUUCAUUAACUCAUUUCUAAACCAUCAUCAGCAGAGAGAUUUGAACAUACAAUAGAUUUCUGCUCACUUGAAUCUCUCCUAUAUAAAUGAUUAUAGUGUAUAGUAUAGGCUAUUUUUGACAUAUAUAUAUAUAUAUAUAGUUUUAGAUGAAAUUGUUGCUGAUAGUUGCAGAGUGUUAUUUGUGUUCUGUUUGCAUGGCUUAGCCAAUGUUUCACUGCAAACGUUUGUGAGUUUAGGCCUUUAUUAAUCUACAAUUAGCCUUUAACUUCGAUGUUGUGGAUGUCAAUGGGGCUUUUGUUCACCCAGAGUUCUUAGUGAUCACUAUGCUCUCCAUUUUGCCUUCACUGUAUAGAGAAACCAAAACAUUUGCUUUUCAUCACCAAAGAGCUCCGCCCAUGCCCUUUCUUUAUGGCCACACACGGCCGCCAAUCAAAUCUUGAGCCAAUCAGAAACUGAAUUCUCUUUGAGGGUGGGAACACCGCAGUGUUUUUGAACUAAAACUUCAGAACAGUUUCUAGAAAACUGGGAUCUGCAUUCAUCAACCAGCUGUUUUUACAUCGAGCCACAUGGGCGUUAAAAUGCUUUUUUUUUUGCUUUUCAGGUGACUUUUUUUCAUCUACCUUGGACAAAAAAUGUGUCAUGCUGAAUUCUUACAAUUUAUUUGUGACUGUUAGAUGCUGAAAUCCUCUGCUGGAAAUGUUUCACAUCAUCUGUGCUUCCUGUGGUGAGAGCUGUGAUCAAUUUCAGUUGCGUUUAGCUGGUAGAAACGUGUCUAUGCACAACCAUUUAGGACAUUUGGGUUGUUUCUUAGGUGCUUUUCAUGGAUUCUGGGGGUUUGUUGUCAUAUGAUUGGCUUGUCUUUGUUUUUUGAAUGUAUUUUUGUGGAUGGAAAGGCAAGUGAAUGGACAGGUGUUUAUUCUGCAGACUUAUGGAUGCAAAGCUGUUGCCAUUUUUUGGGCCUGUGAAAUCAAUGGUGUGACUUUGUGACUAGAGACUUGCACUGCAUUGUGGGAUUUGUAUGCACAGAAAGUAAAGAAUGUCUUGAAUUAUUUAAAGGUUAAACUUCAGAACAGUGGCUUGUUCUAAAUUCGCAAUAGGAUUGAUUAUAUGUCUCCUAUAAUUUCCAUAAUAUCCGAGUUGAUGACUGCAAGGUGGAAGAUUUUCUGAUCUGUCCAGUCUGUUAAAAGACAUCUGAAGUGUUAAUGGAAGGAUUUCAGGGACAAAAUGUUGGUGGACAGGAAAUAGUCAGUAGCUGACCUUUGGCCGUUGUGUUUUUAUCUCAGUAACUUGCUGCAUUUCAAUAGAUGUUGCUUUGCGACAAUAUGCGUAAAAUGCUGUGAUGAAAUCAGGCACAUUACUUCUGUAGAAAUAUAAGAUCAUAAAUAAUUUCUAGAAUAAUGCAAUAUAUUUUUGGUGUUAUAUGAAAUAGGAAUCAUCUGUAAUGCACCUUUAGAGAUGUGUGUGUGUGUGUGUGUGUGUGUGUGUGUGUGUGUGUGUGUGUGUGUGUGUGUGUGUGUGUGUGUGUGUGUGUGUCAAAGGGAUACAAUAAGUCUAUUUUUUGCAUGCUGUUUUUGUUUUACAUCAGUGAAGGGAAAUCUUAAGGGUCUUGCUGUAACUGCAUAUAAAUUAAUUUUUAGUGUAAUUCACAAAAUAUGUUUUAUUUUCAUCCUCAGUGGAACUUUACUGUACUUUAGUAAUUAUCACAUGGUUUGUCUGAAACUGACCUUUAGUUGUGUUUUAUCGACAAUGAUUUUCAUUUUUAUUUUUUCUGUUUGAAUGGGAGAGAGGUAAAGAAUGAGAUGCGUUAGGUUUCAGGUUGAUGGUGAUGUGUCGAUAUGGAACAGAAAUGGUUUUGUAGUCUUUUGUGUGAAGAAGGUGUAUGUCUACAUGCAUCAUGCUAGAUUUCAAAUGUGUAAUGGUACGAACCACUGCAGUGUUGCUACAAUACAUGAUUAUAAAAGUUCCCAUGAAAUCUGUAGGUGUUCAUUAGCCAUAUUCAGGAUCGCUGUCUUGACAGUGUCUGCCACAUUAAUGUGCAAUGAGAUUUUAUGUACGAGAUCUUAAAGUCUUAAUAAAGAUUUUGUAUUUAAAUA